AUGUGUACUGGGGGCUGUGCCAAGUGCCUGGGGGGCACCCUCAUCCCCCUCGCCUUGUUUGGCUUUUUGGCUAACAUCCUGUUAUUUUUUCCUGGAGGAAAAGUGAUAGACAACAACGACCACCUUUCUGACGAGGUCUGGUUUUUCGGAGGAAUAUUAGGAAGCGGGGUGUUGAUGAUCUUCCCUGCGCUGGUGUUCUUGGGCCUGAAGAACAAUGACUGCUGUGGGUGCUGUGGCAACGAGAGCUGUGGGAAGCGCUUCGCGAUGUUCACCUCCACAAUAUUUGCUGUGAUUGGAUUCUUGGGUGCUGGAUACUCAUUUGUCACCUCGGCCAUCUCAAUCAACAAGGGUCCUAAGUGUCUCAUGGACAAUAGCACGUGGGGCUACCCCUUCCAGGAAGGGGAUUACCUCAAUGAUGAGGGCUUAUGGAGCAAGUGCCAAGAGCCUGUCGACGUGGUGCCCUGGAAUCUGACCCUCUUCUCCAUCCUGCUGGUCGUAGGAGGGAUCCAGAUGCUUCUCUGUGUCAUCCAGGUGGUCAACGGCCUCCUGGGAACCUUGUGUGGGGACUGUCAGUGUUGUGGCUGCUGUGGGGGAGACGGACCAGUUUAAAUCUCCUUGAUGAGCUGCUCUAACUUGACGGCAUGUGACUUUACAUUAGACUUAUUCUUAUUAGAAUUAUGUUAUAUUAGACUUAUUCUUCCUGGGGUUGGCAAUUCCUAUCUGCGUCCUAACUGACAAAGCUUAGGGAGAGCAGAGUUAUUCCUUCCACUUUCCAAGCAACUUAGCUCAACUCAGAUUUUUAUGCUUUUUUCAAAUAAAAAAUAGUUUGGCCACUUAAGUUAGGUUUAUAUAUCUUUCAGACUCGCUUCCUUCUAGAACAGGUUCAAAGCAGAUUUAUCAUAAUUUGUUUUGAGGGAAAAAUGUGUAAGGUUACAUAUACUGCCAUACUGCUUCUUUGUAUAUAGAGAUGUUUAUAUCUUUGGAAGUUUUACAUAAUUCAACGGAGGAA